AUGGGAGCGUUGCCUGCCGUUCGCGUCGCUCACGUCAAACAGUCGUUUCUCACCGCGACCGGCCAGGAAGAGGUCGAUGCUUUCGGUCGUUGCCGCCCCGUACGAGGCACAGACGUCAGCAACUGGCAAGCAGCGCAGAUCGUCCUGAGUCAGCCACUUUCCAUUAUCGCUCAAGAACCCUCGUAUCCCGAUCGAGCAUUACAACACAGCGGAGAUAGAGUCCACUUCCGCCUCUUUGACCUGCGAUGGCUCGAAUCUGCAUGGCUACGAAGUACCAUCCCAUUGCGCGGCCGCCUUUCCAAUCUACUUCAAGCAGUCCUGCGCCUAUGCAUGCGACGAUCUUCUCCUCGCACCGCAUCCGCAAGUCAACCACUUUGCAAAGAUAAGAUGCUCGACAGUAUGGUGCUCUUCUCGCUUGCUACUGUAGCAUCGGCAGUGAUAACGCUACCAGUCCAUCGUCUGCCCGUGCAGAAGGACGCCUUAGCCCGUCGUCACCAUCGCAACCUGCCAAUCUCGGAAAUCGGUCACACGGCCUUCUACACCAACAUCACCGUCGGCGGCAUUUUAUAUCCAAACGUCAUCAUCGACACUGGCUCUUCCAUCAGCUGGGUCCAAAACUUCGUUCUCAGCCACUCCGGAAUCAAUACGACAGAACACUUUAAAGAGAAAUUCGGUGAUGGCUCGAGUGUUGAUGCCUUUAUGGUUCGCGACACCGUUGGUCUUGGCAAGCUUAGACUCAAUACCACAAUCGGAAGCGUUCUCACUGGUUCCCGGCCAGACUCUGCUCAAGCCAAUGGCAUCAUCGGGUUUGGCCCAGAGUUCCUCGCUCGACAGUACUUCGACAAGCCUACCAGAUAUCGCGUCUUGAUGGAGGAGCUCGUUGCCGCCGGUGCUAUCGAAAGAAACGUGCUCUGUCUGACCUUCAAGCCAGUCGACACGACCGCAAGCCACGCAGUCGACUCACAAGCCAUGACCCUUGGUGGGAUCAACGCAAGCUUGCUCCAAUCGCCUCCCGUCUAUACGCCCCGUCUGCCAGCUAUCCUCAAUCCUCAAGGCAAACCGCGCCUCUACUGGAGCGCUUUAGUAGAGUUUCCCUCGAUCGGAUUGCUCAAAACGGAUUCCAAAGCUGCGUACACGUUAUUCGAUUCCGGUACAACCUUUUCUGCUAUCCCCAAACCGUACUUUGACAAGUGGUUCUCUCAGAUCCCUGGGGCGUUUAUGGAUGCACAGGUCGAGGCUGUCGGAUUCCCAAGAAGUUCAAUCGAGCAUAUCCCUUCGCUUGACUUCCGUAUCGAAGGCGUUACGUUUGCAAUGCCCGGCGCAAGUCUUCUUCUCCCCGACGAUUAUGCAGCCAGCCUAGGUUUCGAUAUCAAGAAGAAUGCCUACAGCUUCGUGACCAAAGGUGACGAGGGUAAAGGUGGCAUUUUCGGCGUUUAUCAUCACGAACGUUUCGCGGUCGUGCUCGAUGCAGACAACGAAACGAUUGGCGUUGCAAAGACCAGCUUCUCGCCGGCGUAG